AUGGAGAUCAUAAACGCCGAGUCCUUUUAUGAGCCAGGUCACCUUUCAACCGGUUUGUCACACGGUUUAGCUCCUGAACGUCAAGCUGAUCCGACCCUCGAGCCGGAUCAGGUGUUCCCGCCGCCACCACAUCCUUUGGUGGACUCAGACGGUGGUCAACUCUUUCUAGUUGAGCGUAUUUUGAGCCACCGCGACGUGAAUGGCGUCCGGACGAGUUACCUCGUCCACUGGCGUGGCUAUCCACCGGCGUAG